AUGCGCUUAGUGUUAUAUUUGAAUUUGUUAAGUAGUUCCGACGAUCCAAGUUUUAAUGACAAUGACGUUGAAUAUCAGUUAGUAAACCUUAAUGUUAAUAAAACAUUUGGUGUUGAUAAAGUUCAUCCUCGUGUUCUCAAAGAAUGUUCAAAAUCACUUUCUCAUCCCUUAUCACAAAUCUUUAAAAUGUCAUUUUAUAGUGGUGUUAUACCAAACGAAUGGUUAACUGCAAACAUAACUCCACUAUUCAAGAAAGGAGAUAAGUUAGAUCCUUCAAACUAUCGACCGAUAUCAAUAACAUCAAAAGUAUGCAAGGCUAUGGAGAAAAUUAUUCACAAUGUUAUGAUGAACCAUUUAGCUUUAAAUAAGUUAAUAGCAAGCGAACAGCACGGAUUUGUUAAUGGUAAAAAUUGUUGUUCUAAUUUAUUAGAGACUUUAGAUUUUAUAACAAGUAAAAUAGAAGCUGGUAAUAAUAUUGAUAUAACAUUUUUUGGACUUUGCAAAAGCCUUUGA